GAUAUACGUUUUGGUCGAAUAUUGUUCACAUAUAUAUUUUGUUUCAUAUUUUUAUUCAAUAAUUUAUGCGAUAGAGUGCUGACACAAAACAAAUUAGCAAGUUCCAAUAACAAGUUAUCUUCCGAUAGCACUAUAAGCAAAAAACUGUCACCUCAUGGACACUGGCACUACGGCACCAACUGGCCCCAGCACGGCUAUAAGAAAUGUGGGGGUCAACAACAGUCCCCCAUUAGACUAAUCUCGUCCGAUGCCACGGGAGAGGAACUGCAUAUAAAUUUGCGCAAUUACCGCAAACCUAUUAAAUUGGCGUACAUCGAGAAUAAUGGACACACAGUACAAAUUGGUUUUAGCGAUAAAUUUAUAAUAACUGUUUACGGGUCGGCAUCUAAUUUCAAGCCCUAUAUAUUCAACCAAUUGCAUUUCCAUUGGGGCAGUUAUAAUGGUGUCGGUUCUGAACACACAAUCGAUGGCUAUAGGGGUCCAUUGGAAAUUCAUCUAGUUCAUUACAAUAGAAAGUAUUCCAGUUUUGACGAGGCGGCUGAUAAAUCAGAUGGACUUAUGGUUUUGGGUGCGCUCUAUAAAAUCUCUUCGCGAAACAAUCGGUUUAUGUCGACAGUCAUGUCAUUAGUGAAAAGUGUUCCCAAAUAUAAAGACAAAGCACUUAUAUUGCAAUCAUUUACGCUGAGGUCACUGUUGCCCUCCCGGUUAAAGCCAUUCUUUGUCUACGACGGGUCACUGACCACUCCU